AGCGUUUCUUACCGGAAGCACGUGUUUGUCGGCAUGGGGGCAGUGGCGAGGGAAUCGAACCGGUAAAGAAGUUAGCCUGGGAUUAGAACAUGGCAAGCCGGAGCUCCUCAGUAACCUUCAAAACCAAGUAAGAAAGGGGGAGCGGUUGCCAUGGAGAAUGCUUCCUGUUUCCUCUCGGGUGGGGUGUCCUUGUGCUAUCGUCAUGGCAACGCAGUCCCUUACAGGGCGGAGGGGGCGGUUGUUUGGACGCGCUAGACUCUCCUUCCCGCUUUUUGUGGUCCAUCCUUGGGAUGCCUGACGUCAUAAUCGAAGGGGAAGGGUUUCUCAGAGCAUGUGCAGAGUGCCUUUCAUUUUCAUUUCCUCACUGAGUCGCUGCCAGCUGGGGCUGUUUGAAUAAUCCUGUUUCAAUUUUAUUUUAUUGGAUGCCAUCCUGUGCUUCUCCACUAAGUAUCCAAAAGUGGCCCCUACACAUUUGGGCGUAAUGUACGGGGCUUUCAGUCAGUUCUCCUGUGAGACUAGGAUCUGCAUAGCUUCUCUGCACAUUUAUCACUUGAGAAUUAGGCACCCUGGGAGAAGACCUGGUGUUACUGUGGUGCCUGAGUGUUCUGCUCUGUCAUCUGUGCUUUGGAGCCAUUGUUAUGGCUGAGCUGAAGCAAAGCCAACUCUCAACUCGCUGAAUUGGUAUUUUCCUUCUGUCCUUUCACAGCUAUGCCAUUUCCAAGAGAAUCGAGCCAUUCUACAAAGGAGGACGGGUUCAGGUAAUGCCAGAGCCCAGGUUUUGACCAUGCUGGCUGUGCUUACCACACAUUCCCGUGAUCAUGUGCAGAAAAGGCUCCUCCACUCUCAUCUGUUUGUUUUCUAGAUGACCCAAGAUGGGGAAUAUAUGUUCUGUGCUUGUGAUAACAAGGUGAAUGUGGUGGACGUUGCAACAGGAACUGUCGUUAACUGUAUCGAAGAGGUAAUAAGGACAACAGUAACCACCUUAAUUUGAUCCCUGAAUAUGUGUACUUGGUCAUCUUCAAAGGAUGUCAUACCUCUGCUUCCUUUGGAGCUUUCUCAAACACACUCCCCAUUAACCUCAGUCUGCCCUCUACCACCCUCCACCUGCCUGCCAUCCAAGUAGUCCAUGGGGGUGACACUGCCUGGUGACAUUUCCUCUUUCUUGGCAUCAUUCUUUCCCUUGUAGAUAGGCAUGUAAAAAAUUGUUUGUUUAGCUCUGAGCCAUAACAAGACAGAGCAAAAAACCACACAUUUUUAGAUGAGCCACAAAUAUAGCUUUUAUUUCCUGGCUGGCUUUCCAAAUAAAGAAAUUAGCCAAAUAACCUGAUUUUCAUUGUCAAACAACAAAAAGCAAGCAAACUUACUAAGUAUAUCAAAGUUAUUGCUACUAAAUGAUAAACUUUUUGCUUUCUGUCUUUUUUCUCUCCCAAGGAUGAAGAAGAGGAAAUUACAUCAUUUGCUCUCAGUAAAGAUGAUGAAGUAAGUGAUCACAGAAUUGCAUAGUAAGAAUUCAGAACAGAGGGUCACAUGGGGGCAGAGUGAGAUGAUGGGUGGAAUCAAGCACCCUAUUAAGCUGUACAUUUUUCAGUGUAGACCUUUAUUCUCCUGCACAUACCACCUUUAAAUUAAUGGUAGCUGUGCAAACUCAGUUUCUUUAUUUUGGACUCUGAAGGGGUCAGUUUAUGUGGCAAAAAUGCCUAGAAUUUAGACCACUAUAUAUAGGGGGGAUGGAGAACCUGUGGCCCUCAUGAUGAUGUUGGGCCACAAGUACCAUCAUCCCUAAUCAGGCUCGCUAGGACUGAUGGGAAUUGGAGUCCAGCAACAUCUGGAGGGCUACAGUUUAGCAGUCCCUGAAUAGAGUGCCUCAUGUAAUACACUUGUGAUGCCCAGAUUUUUAGACCACUGUGUGGUUCGCUUUACUAGCCAACCUGUUUCCACCAUUUCCUCUUGUUAUUUCCCCCCAUGUUAGAUUCUUGUGACUGGAAGCCGAUCGAUGCUGCUGAAGCAAUGGGACUGGCCAGAAAAUAAAUGCACACGCACAUGGAAGGCUAUGCACACAGCCUCCAUGGCCAGCAUGGCCUUUGACUCGAGCUCCACAUUGUUGGCUACAGGUACGAGUUGCAUCUGUCCAGAGGGAAUAGGUAGUCUCCAUGGGACUGAGGAGGAAGGAAGAAAUACGCCUCUCACCCCAUCCCAGUGUUAAUUCCUCUGCAGCUAGAGCGGGCCUGGAAGCUAAGACCUCCCUAUUUGGCUGACUUUUUGUGCCUGCUUCAUUUCUCCCUUUUGUUCUUCCAGGUGGCUGUGACAGCGCUAUUAAGGUCUGGGAUGUUCCCAGGCAGUACUGCACACACAACUUGAAAGGCUCAACGGGGGUUGUCCAGUAAGGACCUUUUCUUUUUCCAUGUGCUCUUUUGCGAUAGGAAAAAACUAGCCCAAACAAUUUGUGACUUUCUGCAGGAGGGUGGCAAAGACUUAAAAAAAGCAAAGUGUGUUAUGCCUUAAAUCUGUGUUAACCUCGUAGAAUCAUAGAUGUUGUUCUGAUGUAUGGCCAUGGCAGCUGGGGCUGGUGGGACUUGUAGUCUAAAGUGUCUGAAAGUCACCAGGUUGGUGAAAGUUGGAUUAGCGUUUGCUUCAUUUCCCAGUUAUUAAUUAACAGAACAACUUUGGUUGGUGCAGAGUAGUCAGUCUCCUUUUCAACAUCCAUAAUAAAGCCCAUGUCGUUCAAUAGAAUACAGUGGUACCUCGGUUUACAAACUUAAUCCAUUCCAGAAGUCCGUUUUUAAACCAAAGCCGUUCUUAAACCGAGGUGCACUUUUCCUAAUGAGGCCUCCCACCUCCAGUGCCCUUCCACCGUUCAGCUUCCAUUUGUAGACCAAGGUAAAGUUCGCUAACCAGAACACCUACUUCCAGUUCGUUAACAGGGCUGAUCAUAGACCGAGGUACCACUGUAUAAUAGGAUUCAUCAACUGAGAUUACUCUCCAUCCCAGCAAUUGAAUCGUUGUUGUUUCCCCCUCUGUUAAGCCAAGUUAACAAAUAAACACAGACAGAUAAUUUGCACUAUCCUUAUUUUUUUAUAGCGCCAUCUGUGCUUCUGUAUGAACAUAGGAAAGAAUCCUUAUAGUCCAUUAGACCAAUGGCCCAUUUCAGUCAGUAUCAUCUUCAUUGAUGGGAAACCUGUGUAUUUCAGAUAUGUUAGACUACAGCCCAUGAUCUCUGAACAUUAGCCAUGCUGGGUAGAGCUGAUGGAGUUGUAGUCCAACAACAUCUGGAGGGCCACAGGUUAGCAGUGCUGACUGGUAGUGGCUCUGUAGGGUUUCAGGACAUGCCAUUGGGGAUUACAUUUUGGACCCUCUGCAUGCUGAGCAGGUGCUCUGCCACUGAGCUGUGGAACAUAGAAAGGUGCUUUAUACUGAGUCAAACCACCACUUCAUCUAGCUCAGUAUUGUCUAUAUCAGCGUUUCCCAAACUUGGGCCUCCAGCUAUUUUUUGGACUACAAUUCCCAUAAUCCCUGACCAUUGGUCCUGCUAGCUAGGGAUCAUGGGAGUUAUAGUGCAACAACAGAUGGGAGACCCACGUUUGGGAAACACAGUGGCAGUGACUUUCCAGGGUUUCAAGCAGGGGGCGUUUCCAGACCUACUUGGAGACUGAACAUGGGACUUUUUGCAUGCAAAGCAGAUGUUUUACCUCCUUCCUUUAGAAACAUAGGACACUGCCUUAUAUUGAGUCAGACCUUCAGUCCAUCUAGCUCAGCAUCAUUCACACUUACUAGCAGCGGCUGCCCAGGUUUGCAGGCAGAAGUGUCUGUCUUUCUCUCUCUCCAGCCCUACCUGGAUAUGCCAGAGGGAGCCUCCUGCAUAUGCUCUACCACUAACCUGCCUGUCUCUUUCCCCAGCCUUGUCGAGUUCCACCCAGACACUUCUAAGCUACAACUCUUCUCUUCUUCCAUGGACAACACCAUCCGGGUUUGGGACCUGAAGUCCAGCGAGUGCGUCGCUCAGCUAGAAAACCAUUACAGCUCUGUCACCUCCCUCGCUUUCUCUCCUGACAAUGAGACGCUCAUCAGGUGAGAACCUGGAAGGGGAGCUCCCUCUGUGCUUUCUUUCUGUUCUGCAAAUCAGAAUCCAUUUAAGUUUCAUUAAAUCACUUCAAGGCAGCUUACAAAAUACAAGCAGUCUACAAAUACAGUGGUACCUCAGGUUAAGAAUUUAAUUCGUUCUGGAGGUCUGUUCUUAACUUGAAACUGUUCUUAACCUGAAGCACCACUUUAGUUAAUGGGGCCUCCUGCUGCUGCCGCGCCGCCACUGCACGAUUUCUGUUCUCAUCCUGAAGCAAAGUUCUUAACCCGAGGUAAUAUUUCUGGGUUAGCGGAGUCUGUAACCUGAAGCGUAACACAAGGUACCACUGUAUAGAAGAAUUAGAAUCAAACGUGUCAGCCAGCAAAAUUUUCAAUGCAAUCCCAAAAGCAAACACUGCCAUCCUUCCAAAAAAAAUACAUGGUACAAAACAGAACAGUUUAAAUACCCAGCAGAACAGAAGUAUGUUAACAGUGCCUACAUAUGUGUAACGACACCUACUCUCUGCCCACUGAUGAUAUUUCUGUUAUAAUUAUAAUUAUUGUUAUUGCUAUUAUUGCUGUUAUAAUCUGUUUAUUUAUAUACCACAUUUUCUACAAAUUUGUACUCAAGUCAGUUUACAGCAGACAAAGACAAUUAAUACAGUAACCAUGUUACAUAAGUAAAACCAUUAUACCAUUUACAAUUCUAAGUAAAGUAUGUUAAGCAAGCACUUCUGCAUUAUGUCGGUGUCUGCUAAAAUGUCUUUGUUUAGGCAAGGCUACCCAGACGUGUAACUUUAUUUCAUUGUGUGUGUGUGUGUGUGCGUAUAAACUAGGAGUGUGCACUUGUUUGUAAUACAAAUGUAAUGUACAUAUAACCCCAUUUUUUAAAAACCAAAGGGUGAACAAACAUGAAUCUGGCACAUUUGGUUUAUCAUUGUUUUUGUUUGUCCCCUCUCCCUGAUAUUUUGAAAAGAUGAUGUCUUGAGAACAAAACCUGCACAUUUCCCACUAUUUGGGUGGAAAACCACAUAAAGUUAACAGGGAAGAAAAGACUGGGUUGGUCUCCAUUGAAAUCAGUGGAAAAACUGUGAGGUGAAGUGAAAGUUUCUCCCCAUUGAACACCUCUAUGGGAAACUGAAGCCAAUACAAAACCUCUUGCCCAAAGAAAGCCAUGUGUGAGGCUCAGAUGCUCGCAAGUCUCACUCAGCCUGAGAGGAGUUGUGUAAAAUCUUCUGUGCCUCAGUUUCCUCACCUGUAAAUGGGCAGUUCCGAGCCUAUCAAACCAUUCUCAUGGAAACCCUUGUGCUGUGUCUGCAAUUCCAGUUAUCUAGUUCCAAAGGGCUGAAAGUGACACUGUGUUUGAUUUCAGCUCCGGCCGUGAUAAAAUCUGCACUGUGUGGGACCUGAACAAGGGAGAAGCCAAGGGCACCAUCCCUGUCUAUGAGGUGAAGUUCUUUUCCGCCCCUGCCUUCCUACUUUGCUUACUCGGAAGGGGCGAUCUGGUCUCGAAUUCUUCUUUUCUGUGAUGUGUUGGGAGAAGAGAGUUGGCCGUAUUCACACAUCAAGGUUUAUAGUGAAUACACAGGUGGCUCUUGCUUCACCCCUCCCCUCUAGCCACCAGGAGCAACAAACCAUAAUCCCUGCCAUAGUGUAAGAUCUGACCUGGUUUGCUGCACUCCAAACAAACCAUGAAGUUAAAACCUUGGCUUACCGAUCAUGGUUUACUUGAGCAAAGCCACAAUCCCCAGUUUGGACCCAGUGACUGUGGUUUGCUGCUCCUGCUUGCACUAGGGGAGGAACAAUCACUUUGCUUGUUAAACCAUGGUUUACCAUGACAUGCACACUGCCGGGGUUUUGUUUUUUAUUUUGAAUGGCUCACCGGUCCUAAUUUUGUUUCAACCUUAAAACUUGGCCAUGUUCUGGCAAGCUGUUAGACUGACCCAGUCAGCCCGCCACUGGGAAUUGUAGGUCAAGCACCAGUUUGGCAAAAGCUGCCCUAGAGAUACAGCCUAAUUCCAUGUGUCUCCUUGACUAUGAAUAGGCCAUCAUCUAUCUUUUAGGUGCAUUGCACGUUGCUGAAUUUUUCCAGACAGAGCCACACUUGGCCACACUGGUGUGAAAAGUAGCUUCUCUGCCCAAUAAAUGCCUCUGGAGCUGUCUGGCAUUGGUUGGGGGCGGGGUGGAUGUCUCUCACUCUUUUCCUGUUCAUGACUCCUGCUGACUUCUUUAUCCACCUUAGAGCAUUGAAUCUGUGGUCAUGUUGCCAGAACAAGGGGAUUUCUCGUGUUUAGGUGUGAGUAAAGAGAGCCUUCACUUUGUAACAGCAGGCAGCAAAGGUGGGUAGAAGACCUUUUUCUUACUCGUAAACAAUUUUUUAAUGUGUCAGAGGAAAAGUAAGAAAGAAAAUACAGAGUAAAAGCAGAACUUUUUUUAUAAUUUCUUAUAAUUUGUGUUCCGAUAUACAGUGGUACCUCGGGUUAAGUACUUAAUUUGUUCCGGAGGUCCGUACUUAACCUGAAACUGUUCUUAACCUGAAGCACCACUUUAGCUAAUGGGGCCUCCUGCUGCCGCCGCGCCGCCAGAGCAUGAUUUCUGUUCUCAUCCUGAAGCAAAGUUCUUAACCUGAAGCACUAUUUCUGGGUUGGCGGAGUCUGUAACCUGAAGCGUAUGUAACCCGAGGUACCACUGUAUUAGGAAUAGCUCUCCUAACACACACACACACUCCAUUUUUAUCCUCACAACAACCCUGUAAGGUAGAUUAGGCUGAAAGACUUGGGCCAGCCCAAGGUCACCCAUGAGCUUCAUGACUAAGUGGGAAUUUAAACUUGGAUCUCCAAGGAUGUAGUUCAGCAUUCUCACCAUUCUACCACCCUGCAUCCGGAUAGUUGGAAGGGAGCAGGUCCCGCCCUUCCUCUUCCUGUUACGUGUGUGUGUGUGUGUGUGUGCGCGCACACACACACGCUGGAGGACAGAGAUUGCCUAAAGCCAAUUACUGGGACAGGAGAAUGGUAUCCAUAGGAUUGGAGAAAUGAGUUCUUUGGGGCACUUGACCUCCAGCAAAAAGCGAUAUAUCUUGGAAGGUUUUCCCAUAAGGUCUGGAAACCUGCCCACCCAGCUAUGUUUGGCAAACAGAAGCCAAGGUUCCCAGCCCGCUGCAGUCCAUGCCAGAGCUCACAGAACUGCUCAGGAUAUAUAUGGGUUGCAAGGCUUUUCCUCGCCUAUGCAAUAUUUUCCCCCUGUAACGAUUUCCUAUUUUAGAAAUCUAUCUCGCCUACUUUUCCCAAACAAAUUCAAGGUGACUAGCAAAGAAGAAACAAAUAACCAACCCCAGUUCAGUUCAGUUCAUCUUCUUAAAACAGCCUGGCCAAGCUGGCCAGGUGCUAAUGGGAAUUGUAGUUCAAAACAUAUGGAGGGGCACCAGGUUGGCCACAGCUGCUUGGGCUACACCCCCCCCCCCAAUUACAAGAGGCCCCCAUUUGCCUCAAACCUUGCCCAUCUUUGCAAGUUAUUUGAUGAUGCUGAUGCGUUGUGUGCUGUGUGUUAGGGAUCCUCCGAGUCUGGGAUGCGGCGUCAGCCACCUGCGUUCACAGCCAGUCCUUGCCCUGCCUCCCGGCAGCAUGCAUGGAUCAGGAGGACGGGCUGCAGAGCCUCAUGCAUUGCGUCCUGGUGCCCAUGAAGAGCCAAAUUGUCACCGUGAACUCGGAACGCAACAUCUGCAUGUAUGAUGCACAGACCCUUGAGCUCAGGAAGCAGGUAAUCCGCUUCUUAAUUAUUAUUGAUUUUUAAGAUUUACAAUAUUUCAGAGUUGCCGUAACGUAAGUUAUUGAUCAACCUCAGAAGGUGGUGGUCCCUCUUUCAUUGGAGCAGUUCCAGAUGUUUGUGUUCAAACCCCUGGAACGUACCCCCCCACACACACACACACUCACUGUUCUGAAUCUGCUGACUGGUAAGGACAGAGUUUCAGGCUCCUGUCCCUACCAGGAGAUGCAAGGGAGUGGAACUGGGACCAUCUUCAUGCAAAGCUGGUAUGCUAACCCAUCCGGCUUGACUCUUGCUCUUCAGUUUGCAGGUUACAAUGGAGAGGUUUUGGAUGUCAGGUUCCUGGGCCCCAGAGACUCCCACGUGGUUGUGGCCACCAACAGCCCCCAGCUGAAGGUCUUUGAGCUGGUGACAUCUAACUGCCAGAUCCUGCACGGCCACACAGGUAGGUGGCAAGAAGCUCCUCCAGUUUUCCGUGCGGGAUAGGUGCAGGGAUGCCUUUCUCAGGGGCUGCGGUUGAUGCAAAAUUCGGCUGCUAAAUAUUGUACAGGGCGUUUGGUCCCAGGGCUGCCUUGUCCUGUUAAUUGUUUGCCAGUUCAGUGUGGCAACAGCACAUCACACCGGCCUUCUUUCUUGCAGAUAUCGUUCUUGCCUUGGAUGUCUUCCGAAAGGGGAGGUUGUUUGCCAGCUGUGCGAAGGUAAUUUCCCUGUUGGGAUUCAUUUAUUUUUAAUUCAUUGUGCAUUAAUUCAAGUGGGUGAUGGGGGGGGGCUCCAGGCCUGAGGCUCAUCCCUAAACAGCGUGGGUCUCUGUGUUACUUAUGCUUCAGAGCCCUCUUCAAGCACAGAAAGGAACUUUUCCAUGUGCGGUUGAUGCGCAGGAUGCAGGCCUCUGGAUUGGCUAAGUCAGCGCUAAAGAGACCUGUCCGUAACAAGGAAACUGGCCCAAGCGCUUCCUGCUCUGUAAUCACCAUUUAGCUUAAUUAUCCUACUGCUCUUGUUCUGAUGCUGGCGUGACAUUUAAGGUCAGGGCUGCGGACUUUCAAACUCAAUUUUAGCUCAGGAAGCAUCUGAAAUAUGUGGACAAUCUAAACGCUGGAUAAAUGGGGGCAUUGUUUAAAGGCCGCUAUGCAUAGACUCGGCUUUGAAGGAGCUCCGCAGGGUCUCUUAACGGAUGCAUUCCCCAACUUCGUGUCCUCCUUUUCUCUCCUCUGCCCCCCCCCCCCAGCACUGGAAUUGCUGGUCUCAUGCAGGGCCUCCCUCCUGAUUUUCCACAUCACAGGACAGUUUCAGCAAGUUGCUUGUGUUGUGGUUUCUGCAAGGAAUUGUUUUCCUUCUUAAGGAACUUCCUGUGUCUCUGGAUUAGUACAUCUUGCUUUUGCAAGGUCCAGCCCAUGCAUACAGCACACCCUCCCCGGGCCACAGCCCCUUCCAUGCCACAACUUGCACCAACCCUGCUCUGUGCUCUCCUGAGUGUUUUUGCCUGACUGGAAUGUGUCUGGUUGGAGGAUACAGAGGAUACUGUUUGCCUGGUUGGAGGAUACAGAGAAGGGGGGUCAUGUAGGUACUAGCCUGCUGUACAAAAAGCAGCGUUCAGUUGUUGGUCUGCCCACUUUUGCCUCUGACCCCAUCCACCACUGGCAUGUGGUCCCCAGCAGGUUGCCCAGAAGGGAUUGUGGCCCCCAGGCUGAGAAAGCUUCCCCUACCCUCUUGUAACCCAUCCUCCACCUCUUCCACUUCCAGGAUAAAAGCAUCAGGAUUUGGCGGAUGAAUGACCACGGUAAUGUCUUCUGCGUCGCCCAGGGCCUGGGCCAUACCCAAGGAGUCGGUGCUCUCUCAUGCUCCAGGUAACAACAACAGAAUCCAUUCCCUGCCUCCUCCCCAGCCUCCCUUCAGUUUCUUGGUGUGUUGUUGUUGAUAUGUGUUUUUUAAGAGUCUUCUUGUCUGCAAACCCUUGACUGUGGCUGUUUCAUAGCAGAGCUUUUUCUUCCCCAGCGGCAGGUUGGGGCUCUUUUCUACUCUGAGUAGAAAAUCUCCUCCAGCUGCUGUGUUUGGUGUUUUCUCUCCUUCAGUGUUGGUUUCCAGGGCCUCCAAAGACCUGGCGUGAAGCUUGCCUGCUAAGCAAGCGUUCACCAUCUCUUCCUUUCGACCAUUCAGAGUCAGAAAUGUGGAACAGUUGCAUCCUCUGCCAUCAUCAUGUGCACCCAAACACUUCGUGCAGACACCCAGUCCCUGAAAUGUUUGGGAAAGGUGUGGAAAAAGUUCACACUGCCCUGAGAUGUGAGCGGGCUCUAUGUCACAUUCGCAACUUGCAUUGAAAGCACAUUAAGGAAUCCUGAGAACUGUAGUUUGCCAAGGACUGCUUCCAGCAGAGAUUCAACAGGUGCCAUUUCAACUUCUAAACGCCUGCUGGAAACUUUUCUAUACUGUCAAGCUGGUGCAGGCAAUUAAGAAUGCACUUUUCCGUAACAGUUAGCUGAUUUCUGAUUUUGACCUUUUCAAAUGGUUUUUAUGGUAUGGUUUUAUUUAUAAUUGUUUUGAACCAUGGUACAUAAAUAGUGGGAUGUGGGUGGCGCUGUGGGUUAAACCACAGAGCCUAGGACUUGCCGAUCAGAAGGUCAGCGGUUUGAAUCCCCGCAACGGGGUGAGCUCCCGUUGCUCGGUCCCUGCUCCUGCCAACCUAGCAGUUCGAAAGCACGUCAAAGUGCAAGUAGAUAAAUAGGUACCGCUCCGGUGGGAAGGUAAACGGCAUUUCCGUGUGCUGCUCUGGUUUGCCAGAAGCGGCUUAGUCAUGCUGGCCACAUGACCCGGAAGCUGUACACCGGCUCCCUCGGCCAAUAAAGUGAGAUGAGCGCCGCAACCCCAGAGUCGGCCACGACUGGACCUAAUGGUCAGGGGUCCCUUUAUUUUUACCUUACAUAAAUAGCAUACAUAAGUAUUUUUUAUAAAUAAGGUUUCUGGUAAGUGCAGCUUCAUUGAGAGAUAAAUUAUAGUUCCCAGGAUACUUGGCAGGGAGGGGGGAGCAGUGUGCUUUAAAUAUAUGAAGCGGAUGUGACCCUUGUGACUUUAAAAGAGGAUUAGACAGCUGCUUGGAAAAGGCUAUCAAAGGUGCUCUUAUGUGACACCCGCCAUCCUAUUGAUUGGAAGUGUUUAGUUGACUUAUCUGGCUGUUCCCUUCCCUCACUACCCCUCUUUGUCUGUCCCUCUGCUGAAGUGAUGUCCUAGGUGACUGCUAUCCCAAACAAGAGCGUAACAUUCUUCGGCCAAGUCCUUAAACAUGCUAUUUUUCCUGCACCACCAUCCCCACCUCUUCUGGUCUCUCUUCGCUUCCUUUUUCCUUCUCGCUUUCCUUCCUCUUUUUCCUUCUCCUCUUUGGUGCCCUUUACAGCACCCAGGGUUCGCCUUCCCAGCAGCUCAAACAAUGGGGUGAUACAGGUGAGCUGAGCAGCGCAGGUGGCUGCCUGCAGGUGUUACUGAUUCCACUGCAUGCCUCUGAAUCCCAAGAGAAGGUGAUCAAUGCAGGCCCAGUGCUGCAAGCAUUCUCCAUCCCAGCCUUCGCUUUGGGUGGGCCUUAGGCAUUCCAGAAGGCAUCCCCACCCUGCACUCCAGAGCUGCAAAUAGGCAGGGAGGAUGGGGCAGCAAUAGUCUGCAGACCUGUGUGUGUGCACAAGCACUUCACUUUAGAGCUCCCUGUCUAAAGCAUCCGUUUGCACCCUGCCAUUUCUCAAGGCAGAUGAAAGAGCAGAGAUCAAGAGGAUUCCUUAAUUUCGCGUUGACGCAGCUUUGAACUGGUUGUCAGGUCAGAGAUAACGAGCGGUGCUGGAAAGCCUUAGAAAUUAUUUUGUUGCUGAGGUUCCUCUUUGAUGUCCAAAAUCUGUUGCUUUUUUCCCCUUUUUAAUCAUUUCAUUUGAAGAGUAGUAGUUGUGGCUACACUACGGCUAGCAGAAUCAGCUCCCAAAUUAAUUGGACAGAAAUAUUUGAAUACAUGGUUCUUUAAAAAACAAGAGAUUUUCCCUUCUCUUUUUUUGUGUGUGUUUUUCCUCCAUCCCACUCAACAAUCCAUGAUCUGUAUGAGAUAGCUCAGUCGGUAGAGCAUUAGACUCUUAAUCUCAGGGUUGUGCGUUUGAGUCCUACGUUGGGGGAAAAGUUUCCUGCAUUGCAGGGAGUUGUACUGGAUGACCCUGGUGGUCCCUUCCAACUCUACAUUGAUGUUUAUUUUUUGUGGUAGAGCAUAUCUGAGUGGUAGGGCAUCUGCUUUGCAUGCAGAAGGUCCCAGGCUCCUAAUGGCAUCUCCAGGUAGGGAAGGGAGAGAACCUUGAAAAGCUGCUGCCAGUCAGUGCAGGCAAUAAUGAGCUAGAUGGACCAAGAAUCUGUCUCUAUAUAAGGAAAUGCACUACCAGACUUCAAGGGGGGCAGGAAUAGCUCCUGGCUGUAUAGAGCUGCUGCCAGUCAGUGUGGACAAUACUAAGCUGGGUGUACCUAUGGUCUGACUUAGUAUAGGGCAGCUCCCUAUGUUUCUUCCUGGCUUCCUUUUCAGGGUUCCCCCCCCCCCAUGUCUGCAAAUCCUGGGUUUCCCCUAAGGAAGCUGGUGCCCUUCUCUCCUGCUUUUCAGUAGCGCUGUUUAGGCUAAACAGCUGUCAUAUGAAUUACGUCUGAGUUUACAAUGGGUUUAUGUUGAGGGGCUCAAGGCAGGUUUGUUCUCUGCACAGGUGCAGCAAUUAGUGGUAGCUCUGUUGCUUCUGACCUUCCUUUUAAUGUCAUUCACUCCCCCCCCCCCCUUUCCCUCCGCUUCUUUCCAGGAUGAAAGAGAACUUUGUGGUCACAGCCAGCAAAGACAACACAAUGAAAGUGUGGAGUAUCCCCGAGUACAUCACUGCCAGGGAACCUACAGCCGCUCCCACCACAAAUCCUGUCCCCCAACCAACUGCCCCUCCAGUCACAAAGCCUGCUCCCCCUCCCGCGGCCCCUCCAGUCACAAAUCCAGCUCCCCCUCCCACUGCCCCUGCCGCCACAACUGCUGCCACAGCUGCAACCACAACUGCUGCUACAACUGCAGCCACAACUGCUGCUACAGCUGCAACCACAACUGCCGCCACAACUGCUGCCACAGCUGCAACCACAACUGCUGCUACAACUGCAGCCACAACUGCUGCCACAGCUGCAACCACAACUGCUGCCACAACUGCCGCCACAACUGCUGCUACAACUGCAGCCACAACUGCUGCUACAGCUGCAACCACAACUGCUGCCACAACUGGCACAACUGCUGCCACAACUGCUACAACUGCCACCAAAACCUCUACCGCACCUGAUGCCAAAACUGCCCCCUCUAAAAACGCAAGCUCAAAAAGUGCCAAAAAUGUCAAAAUUACCGAAUCUCCCACGACUCCCGAAGAACCCGUAGCUCUUGAAGCCACAGUGACGACAACACCCCACCACAAGGUCAGGCAGUGGCGGAGUUUAGCGGUCCUUUGGAGCUUGGAGAGUGAGAUGACCUCCUCCCUCCACAGCUCUGGAAAUGCUUAUCUAAUAGAAAAUACCAGUUGUUUAAAAAUCUGAGGUGAACUUCUGUCGUUGUUGUUGUUCUGCCCUUCCUCCUAAUGGAGCCCAAGGCAGCAAACAGCAAUACACAACUAAAAACAAAACAAAAUAUAUUUAGAACAUCUAAAAAUAUUUUGGGCUGGGUUUUACGCAAACACAAAAAAGUGGGGUUUGUCCACUUCUUGAGAUUUCCCCCAGUUGUUGUCUUGUCUUAUUUGUUGCAAGGUGGAGAAUGCAGCCACUCAGGCCUGGAGAAAAUUUAAUAAAUUUCCCGCCUUCGGGCCGUGGGUGGGAGAUCAGGAGCAUGCCAGUUUUUCACUCCAUUUCUCUUGUCCAUGAAUUUUCCCUAUCCCUUUUCUGGCACUGAGCAUCAUGCUCGUGUUGACUCCAACCAUGGUUAGCUUCAUUUUGGGUGAACAGGGAGGUUUAUGAACCUUCUGUGCCUGUAGCGGGGGGUGGGGGAACCACCUUUAAAUAAGUGUUAAUAAUAGAAUUGUAGAGUUGGAAGGGUCCCUGAGGGUCAUCUAGUCCAACCCCCUGCAGUGCAGGAAUCCUGCCCACAGUCAUGCCUGGUGGGCUUAAACCACCAACCUUCUGGUUAAUAGCCAGAUGCACUGACCUAUUGUGCCACUGGGAAAACAUCACCAACACAGUAGGGGCUGGGUUUGCAAACCAUGGUUAUUAUUAACAUUGAAAUGGCCAUAAUGCUAUCUAUGGUUAGUCCAAAUUCAUGUACAGUGGUACCUCAGGUUAAGUACUUAAUUCAUUCCGCAGGUCUGUUCUUAACCUGAAACUGUUCUUAACCUGAAGCACCACUUUAGCUAAUGGGGCCUCCUGCUACUGUCGCGCCACUGGAGCACAGUUUCUGUUCUCAUCCUGAAGCAAAGUUCUUAACCCGAGGUACUGUUUCUGGGUUAGCGGAGUCUGUAACCUGAAGCGUAUGUAACCUGAAGCGUAUGUAACCCGAGGUACCACUGUACAAGAGGGGGUGGGGAGGAAGCGCACAGGUCCCAUGGCAAACCCACGAGUAUGAGUUUAGCGACAUCGCGCCUGCAUCGGGUCAGAUUCAGGCUGCCAUACAGAUAGUGCUGUGAUGUGUUGUGUUGUGGAGCAGUUACCCAACUUAUAAAAAUUACUUAUUUUUAACAUGUAAAAAACGAGUAAUAUGUCUUGUUGGUGCUCCUGGCUAUAAAGAAGUCUGGAAUUCUGAAUAACUUGCAAUUCCUCAGCUUGCAAGAGAAUGCACCACCAGAAGACAUCUCUUUGUUUUUUUGUUAAGGAUGUAAAUAGCGUGGCGGUUUCUCCAAACGACAAGCUGAUUGCUACAGCAUCCCAGGACAAGACGGCCAAGCUGUGGACCUCCGACAAUUGCGAGCAAUUGGGAACCUUUGUCGGACACAAACGAGGCGUCUGGUGUGUGCAGUUCUCACCGGUGGAUCGGAUCCUAGCCACCUCUUCUGCGGACGGCACUGUGAAACUCUGGAGUCUGCAGGAUUUCAGCUGUCUAAAGGUACCCUAUGGGGCCAUCUUUAACACCUAGCCAUUAUUUUUCAUUGGCCAGAAGUUUAGGAGCCUUGAACUUCCUGUAAUUUAGAUUAAAUGGUUAGAAAUAAUAUAUGGCUAACCGCAUCUGGCGUGUAAGAGGUUUAAGGAAUGGCAAAAGGAGGAUAAAUAGGGCCAUUAAUUUUCAUGGGAGGAUAGUGCUAUCAGUAGCUACGAGUCACAAUGGCUAUGUUCUACCUCCACUGUUGGAGGCAGUGAUGCUUCUGAAUAUUAGUUGCUGGAAACUUCAGGCAGGGGGUGGGCUGUUGUGCUUGGGUCGUGCUUCAGGGUUUUCCACUGGGGCAUCUGGUUGGCCACUGUGAGAAGAGGUGUUGCUUCUGUGCAGAAAAUAAGGCAAUUGUGCACUGGCUGCCGGUAUGCCAAAUUGAAGGUGUUCCUGCUAGUGUAUAAAGCCCUAAAUGUCUUGGGGUCAGCCUUUCUGCAUGCAGUACCUUCCUGUUGUUUGAGAGAAGCAUUGCAAACUGUCCCGUAGGACCUCCAUUUGGCAGCCACAAGGACUGGGGCAAUUGGCAUAGCGGCACCUAUGUUGUGGAGUUCCCUGCAUGUUCCUUUGCAUGCUAAGCACAUGUCUUCUGUGUUUAGUUUUACACAGCAGUUCCUGCCAUAUAGCCCAGCUCUGUGUUUGCUACUCUUCUGAUUCUUGCCUUUUCACAUUUCUAACUUUGGUGUUACACUGAUCUUAUGCAAGUUUUUCCUCCUUGAUUCAGGAGUACUGAAAUGUGUGUAUCUAUAAAAAAUAAAACAAAUAAGAUGUGUUGACCAUCAGAAACCCCAUUCAGCCCCCUCUCUUGUUUUAAUGAACUGCUUUCUUUAGGAGCAGUCUCUAUUCUGGUCAAGUCAGUAGCUAGACUCCCAGUGACUGGAAUAGUAGGCUCCAUUCUUGAUGAAAACUGAGGUUGUUCAGGAUUCAGAAUAAACUGGGUAGAUUUUUUUAUCCCAUGCACUUCCCCCACCUGUUCAGGAAUGAUUACGUAGCAUCUUAUCAAGCUAUUCAGUGGACAAAUGUUUUACGACUCAAUUAUGUAGACAUUUGAGUGGAUAUGUAAUCUGGGGGCUGCCUGGUUGGCAGUAACUCAUGACAGAGCCUUCUGGGUGGUGGGUCCCCAUUUGUGGAAUGCCUUCCCUGGUGAAGUGCGUCAGUCUCCGUUAUUAUCGUUUUGGAGAAAUUUAAAAACAUUCCUCCCCUCCCCACCCCGGCAUUUAAUGCCUGAAAGACAUGUCUCUGGCAUCCCUGAAAUUAUUAGUUUUGAGACUAGGUGAUUGCAUUUAGGAGUUUUUAAAACUGUUUUUAGAAGUUUUAAUUGUAUUGUUUUCGUAUUGACAUGGUUGCCACCCUAGGCUCCUUGAGAGGAAGGAAGGCGUAUAAAUUUAAUAAAUAAAUGUAUAAAUAACAGCAGGAACAACUUCACUGCCGUCACAACGUUCUUUCUACCUGCUCAUGCUUGCUUCUCCCUCUUCCUUGCCUCUCCAGACUUUUGAAGGUCACGAAGCCCCUGUGCUGAAGAUCAUUUUCGUGAGUGGAGGGGGACAGGUGCUGAGCAGGUAUGUCUUCUGUGGAAAGGGUGUGGCAUUUUGCUUAGGCUGAUGGGCUAGGCAGUCACCCUCUGAAGAAAACAAAAUAGUUACCUGUUACUAGAGGUAGGCUGAGCCCCCAGUUCCCCUGCUUGUUCCCCAGCGGUGCCUCGUAUUAAUAUAUAUAUUGUAUUUAGCUCUAUAUAAUAAAAAUGUAAGGGUGUCAUCGCGUAGUCCUCGUUGGAGGAUUUGUAGUGCCUCAUCACAACUCUGGAUUGUGGAGGCAAUGGCAGAGCAGAGCAAGCAGGGGCACAGCCCCUAGUAUUUAAUAUAAAUCUCUAAGCGCAAUAAUUUGUUUUGUUUAUUGAGUUUAUAUCCUGCCCUUCUUCCUGGUGGACCCCAAUAAAUGACAUCUAACAUUAGUCUCUCCUUGUCUCUUCUCCUCCUUCCCCCAAAGUGGAGCAGAUGGCCUUAUGAAACUUUGGACAAUCAACAACAACGUUUGUGUGAAGACCUUCGACGCUCACGAUGAUAAGGUGUUGGGCCUACACGCCAAUAGGAGAGACAACGCACUGGUGACCGGCUCCGCCGAUUCCAGGGUCUUGCUGUGGAAGGUACAACCGACACAAAUGCCUGACCUAAAGACCACCAUUAUAAUCUGGCUUAUUUGCUUUAUGUUCUUUUUCUUCUUCUUCACCCUCUACCUCGUCGUCUUGAUCAAAAUUCGCUAGUGCCCUUCGUGGAAACGCAGAACGAUCCACCUUUCCUGUGGCCUGGUAUUGAUUCCGAUCUGUAAUAAACGGGUGCCAUUUUUGAACAGAGUCAGUCAAUAUUGCUUGUCCGUUUCUUCAGUGAACCAAGUCCAUCAGUUUAUGAGUUUGUGCCAGUGGAAGCUGGUCCGUGAUGGCAAAUAGGCUGCUGCUCCACCAACCUCAGUUCUGUCCUCAGCCAGCUUCCACCUGCCUGCCUUCUUACAACCAUUCUAGCAAGUGGCCCUGGCUGUCAGCCUCUCCCUCCUUAGUCUCUGUGUUGCCCUUGCUGAAGUCAGUAAGGAGAAGGAGGACACAACUAGUAUUAGUUGGCUUUGUCUGUCAUUGCCUCUGGCACCACUUAAUAUUGGUCCCUGUGCCUUCUGCUCCGUCAGUCUCAGUGGAUACCAGCCACCCCAGUUUGUGCCAUUUCAUAUGCAUUUUGAGUCCCAUUUGAUUAGAGUAGCUAUGGGCAUCUGUCAUUGUAUGGUGGUGAGGCGAUUCAGAAUUAUUAUCCUACACACUCCUUGAGGAUCUCACUAAAUAAUUUAGGAGUGAUGAAAAUGUCCAGGUUAAUGUGAGCGUAGGAAUCUGCCUUAUACACAGUCUGAUCGUCUGUACAACCAGCCCAAUGUUGACUGCACUGAUGGGGAACAGCUGUCCAGGGCUUUGGGCAGAGAAGGGUCUUUAACCACCCAUCCCUCUUCUCAGGCAACUCUGGGAAUUGUAGCUCCUUGAAGGGAAUGGGGUCUCAGCACCCUUAACAGACUACAGCUCCCAGGCUCCUUUGAGAAAAACAAUGGCUGUUUAAGGUGGUACCAUAGUGCUUUAAAUGUGUAGUGCGGACGUUGCCUUAGUCGUGCUUCUAAGUUUAAGCUAAGAUUCAGGCCUCCAAGGCAGCCAUGUGCUAAUGCCCCCACUGCCAGGGAUAGAUCAUGUGACCUAGAAAACUUGUUCCUCUAGCUCCACUUUAGUUCCUUUGCCUGCCUUGCCAUGGAGAAGUUCUGUCCUUCAUCUUCCUGCUUUCAUGAUUUCUUAAAACUAACUUCCUUCCUUCCUUUCAAGGUAAGGUGUCCAGUGAUGCUGAUAUUGGUUCUUGUUCUAGUAAAUAUAUACUGUAUUCCAGUUAUCCUUCAGAAACCAUUAUCAUAUAAUAACUGCAUGCAGCUAUUCAUUUAUUUUACUUAACAUACAUUUCUGACUUCAUUUUAGGGCAAGCUUAAAAGAGAGAGAACUGGACAAAUUCACGGUAGAUAAGGCUGUCAUGUGACUACUUUCCGCAAUGGCUGUGCUCUGCCACCAUGGUUGGAAGCAGUAAUGCUUCUGAAUGCCUGUUUCUGGAAACCACAGGAGGGGAGAGGGCUCUUGGGCUCAGUUUCUGCUCUCAGGUUUCCUAUUGGGGCACCUGGGCAGCCACUUUGAGAACAGGAUGCUGCGUAGAUGACCAUUGGCCAGAUCUAGCAGGCUUUUCUUAUGUGCUUGUCUUCUUAAAACACAAAGCAAUGGAACAAGCACAAAGCAAUGGAACUUUACUGGGCCCAGGAUCUCCCACAAUCUGUGUGCCUUAUUUUUCAGAGGAAGCGUAACCAGUAAAACUGGUUGCAAACCUCAAUCCCAGAUGAUGGUCUUGGCAAUCCAAUAAGCCCACAAGCCUCUCUUUUCAGGAUGAGGCUCCUUUCAAGAGGAGCAUAACUCUGGUUUGUUUUCCCAAAAGGAACUUUCAUAGUUUCUUUAAGCUCCUCACCUCCCUACAGCACACCAGUGCUGGUAAAGACAGGUAUAUCAAUCAACUGUGUUUGGGUAGCACUGAUGUUUCAAGCCGUGCUUUCUUUAGAUGGAACCACCCACACAGAUCCUCUUUUGUGCUCAACAAAGCUGUCGUGACUUAGUUUUUGCCAGCCGUUGAAAACUGACCAACAGUUUCACACUUGGGUACCUAACAGAUGGAUUUGGAAGUUUCAAGGCACAAUUGAUUCAAGCUCCAUGCUUCUUUGGUGGCAUUGCCUUCAAAAAAAUAUCAGCUUGCGUUUCCUGUGUGGCCGGGGCUGGUGAAAGUUAUAGUUCAAAACAGGUUGGAGUAAGGCCACUCAAUACAAAGAGAAAUCUUUUCCGAUUUCUGCCCUGAUGCCUUUAACACAGAGUUAGGGAAGCAUUUUAGCAGAUAUUCAACUGUCCCUGCCUCUGCAGGGCAGCUUCAACGGGUGGGUGGCAUAACCUACCUGCCAAUUUUUGCAUUGAAGCAGCUGCUAAAACAGAGCUUUUCCUUUCCUUUUUAGUCGUGGUUUUAAUGAAACCCGUCAACACCUUGUCCCAGCAACGGAACAAUCAGGAGCUCCCUUUAACCUCCCAAUUGUUCGAGUGUAGUUGUGGCUGUACCUGCCCUGCACCUGGUGGCGUAAGGGGGCUGGUGACCAUGACUUGUGAGGGACGACACAACAGGCCAGACUGGAACUCACCCCAGGUCAAAUUUGACCCACCAGGCAGGGGUUUCCCCACCCUUGCCUUUUAACAGAACAGUUUUGCUCUAAAAGCUGUCGCCUAGGGCUCUGGUACAAAUGCAAAUGCCAGCUGUGAUAGUGGGCACUGCUGUCUGUUAAGUGCGAACGGUUGUGUAAGGUGGUUCUUAAUGGACAUUUUCACCUUUUGGUGUAGCAGGUGGAGGAAGCCUUCUGAGUGCAGGCAAAUUCUGUUUGCCUGGUGAAAACUUGCAUCCCUUAAACAACCUGCAUGAUCAAACAACUUUGUUUCAUUUUGCUUUUCGCAAACAACGUGAUUCAGAUUUGUUUCUUUGAAUCUAGUCAUCCGACUAAACAAGGGAACUACAAGUCCGUAUGAAAUGGAUGCACGGUAACAUCGAUAGAAAUUUAAUCAGCCCUAAAUAAAACCAUGUUCAGCCUGAAGUUUGCUGACAUAUUGCAACAUUCUCCUUUAGGAGUUUUGUUCCUCUAGCCCAAGAUUUCUCCUUAAGGCUGGUGCCUGGGUCCAGCAGCAAGCUUCCUCUUCUUGGUGGGGACUGAUGUGCCCACACUUCAGAGUUCUUGACACUUAAUCCCCCACUGCAGCAGAUGGAGGGAGAAGAGGGCUCCCCAGGGUGGAGGGAGCAAUGUCAUAGUCAAUUCUCCCAUGGACUGACAUCAUCCCCCCAAAGAGAUUAGAGAUAAUUCAUCUUUCUGGUUCCCCGUUGCCAGUGAUAGUCAACAUUAAUUGUACUCUGAGUAGAUCCCUUGAAAAAUCAGUGGAUUUAAGGGGCUUGUCCAUUGCUUUCAGUGGGUCUGCCCUGGGUAUAACUUAACUGGAUAUCGCCCUAUUUUGGUAAAAAGCAAUAAUUACAUUUUCUUUUUAAAUUGUUUUAUUUUCACCACAAGAGCACAAAAAGUCAUUAAAGGAGAUGCUUAUACAAUGGUGGUAAAUACAACUGUAUGUAUGAAUGUUAAACUAACACAUAAAUUAGGAGAGUCAUAUUUCUUACUUAGGUGGAGGUAAGGAGUCGUACAGGUCAUUGUUUGAAAUGUAAAAUAUAAAGUCCCACCAGAUUGCAUAAAAUUGUUCUACUGGUUCUGUGUCUUUCAUCACACAAAUUUUGCGGGUUAUCUUUUUGGUAAUAGCCGGGUUCUACAUUUAAAAUCUAAAAUAUCUCUCUCUAAAAAAAACUCCGCAAAUUCUGUAAAGGACUUGAGUAUGUAUGUUUAAUUUUCCUGAGUCAAUUUGACAGCAUACUUUUCCAUUGCCUGGUGGGACGAGGGUAACACCUGAAAACAUGACCGCGUGGGUGGCUCUUUCAGUUCUAAAACUGAGGGGGAAUCCCACAGGAGUUUCAGAAGUUGCAUUUUCCGAGGCAUCAGCCAUUCCAUUUUGCCAUUUUUUCUUCUUCUUCUGUUCCUUCCCUUCUUUUGUGUUUCUGUAUGUUAAUAGGAUGUCACUCAAACUGAGCUUGAAGAGGAACAAGUGAAGCAGGAAGAGCAGAUUCUGAAGUGAGUAUCUCGGGGCAACUUCCGCAGUUGGGCUGGGGAUUGAUUCUGGGGGGAGGCUCCCCAAAGAGUGCCAUCUGUCCCAUAAAAGUGCACACAUAUAAAUACAAGUGUUGAAGUUGCGAGUGGUUACAGCAGCCUUUCCUGCUGCCCUCCAAAUGCUUUGGACUACAACUCCCAUCAGCCCUAGCUGCCUCGUCCUUCCCAGCAUCAAUGCUGAUAGUGGGAUGCUAUUGCUGGGCGAGACACUCCUGGAGAAUCUCACUUGUCUCUAUAAGUGGUAGCAUCAAGUAUUUGAAAGUGGGAAGUCUGGGCUAGUUGAGAGACUGACCUCAGUGACCACCUGGAGACAGUCCCUUGCAAGGUACCCUGGGGGUGCCACAGGUGCUAGCAGCAUGCCAGAUACUAGAUGGGACCCAAGAUGGCCCUGGCCAUCCUUCCAAUGAGGGCUUUACAGUAGGAGGUCAGCUGCUUGCACAGAGGGCUGUCGAAGAAUGAGUUUUCCACCUGCGUUGUGUUCCAGGCUCCAUCCAGAUUGCAAAACAGGGUAGUAGCAGGGUAAGGUCCAUCCAGGUGGCCCAGGGAGCAAAAGAAAGAGGCAUGCCUGGGAAUGGAAGGGAUCCCUCAUGAGGCCUUCACGGCCUUCACCUCCUGGUCUGUCUUCAUCAAAUACAGCAUUUGCCAUUUUAGCUUUUCUCUGCCGUCACGGCAGCUAGAAACAUGCUCUUUUCAAAUUCCAGCUGUGAUCCAGCACCCUCUCAUUCUUGCUUUGUGUUUUCAGAGAGCAGAAGCUGUCUAACUUGCUGCAUAAGAAGAAGUACCUGAAAGCACUGGGCUUGGCAAUUUCCUUGGACCGGCCACACACGGUGUUGUCGGUGAUCAAGGGUAAGGCUCUUGAUAACAAAGAACAUUAAGGGAGAUUUUCCUUGAGUCUUGGCUGAGCCCUGAAGAAACCUGUUGAGCCCCGCUCUGUUGCUUUCCCUCGGCCUUGCAACAUGAUUCUGUUCACAGAGCGUUCCAUGGGGCUUACUUCCAAGGCCCCGUCUUCUCCCCUAUACAUUUAAAGCAAUGUCAUACCUCUUUAAACAGUCGUGGCUUCUUUCCCCAAAGAAUCCUGGGAACUGCAGUUUUGUUAAGAGUGCUGAGAGUUGUUGUAUUAUUACAUUUAUUUUCCGCCUUUCCUACCAAAGAGCUCAAGGUGGCAGACACAUCUUUCUCCUCCUUUAAUCCCCACAACAAUCCUGCGAGGUAGGCUAGGCUUAGCGGCAUUGACUGGCCCAAGGUCACCCAGUGAGCUUCAUGGCCAAAUGGGAGAUUUGAACCUUGGUCUCUCCCAGGUCCUGUGCUGACACUCUGGCAACCAAGCCACAUUGGCCUAUCCUCAUUCCCCUCCCAGAGCUACAUUUCCUAGAGUUUCCUGGGAAAGUGGGACUGAUUGUGAAACCACUCCUUUUAACCCCUCUUCUACACACACACAAAAAAAAACCAAACAAAAACUGGGAUUUAUUAGUGAUUGGCUGUUCGUUGUUCUUCUUAGCUAUUCUUAAGGAGGCUAAUGGAAAAGAAGACUUGGAAAAGAACCUCCUGAAGCUUCGGAAAGACCAGAAAGGUUAGUUGGUAUGCUGCAGGGACGACCUCUAAAGGGGUGUGUGUGUGUGUGUGUGUGUGUGUGUGUGUGUACUGAACUUAACAAUUACCCAGCAGGUACCCUUUCGCAAAGUCUUUUUUUGUCGUUUUGAACAACAGCCAUGGGAAAGUUGCGAGUUCAAGAAGAAAGACGGGUGAGAGGAGAGGUUGCUUGACCCUGUGCCCUCCUGGCAUUUUUCUGAUUCAAAACCUCCCACCAACACCGCAGGCUGCUUUUCUACUAGGUGGGGAGGGGUGUUGGAUCUGCUUCCCUGCCUUGAAGAAAGGCGCAGGUCAGACGUGUGCCCAGACCUGGCCACGCUUCGCAAGAGAGGUGUGUUGGUUCAAGGUGGCCACGCUGCCUGCAACUUGCACUCCUUCCUGACGUGUCUUCCCCAAACCCCUUCUUCCAGAGGCUGUGCUGAAGUUUUCCAUCACAUGGAACACAAACUCGCGGAACUACCUCGAGGCUCAGGCAGUGGUGGAAACCCUCCUCAAGCAUGAGACGCCAGAGAACCUCUUGCAAUAUGAAGGGAUCAAAGCAGCUGUGGAGUCUCUCCUACCAUACACAGGUAAGUGACCUUUUGAAUACUUCUCCCCAUCCCACCCCAGGCUUCAUCCCGUAACUUCAGUUACGGGUUCAUAUCCUGCCUUUCCACCAGGGAGCUGUACAUUGUUCCCUCUCCCCCAACCCAAUUUUAUCCUCACAGCAACCCUGUGAAGUAGGUUAUCCUGAGAGAGAGAGAGAGAAGAGACUGGCCCAAGGUCACACAGUGAGCUAAACAUCUGAGCUAGGGAUUUUUCCCUGGGUUCCUGCAGUUCUAACCCAGUAUUCCAGCCACUGCACUACACCAUGACUGAUCCUAAAAUGGAGAUUGUUGAGUGGGUGCAGCAGGGCUUCCAGGUGGGAUUGCAAAGGAUUAGACCUGGGACCUUCUGUAUACAACACAGAUGUUCUGCCGCUGAGCCAAGGCCCUUCUCUGGUCCACUGUUACUGAUCUUAUGGGAGAUCCCUUGAUGAGCUCAGAAUGCAGUUUGAAUGCCAUGAACUUGGAAGGGAGCAACUGCUGAUGUGGCAGGAACAGGUAACUUUCAUUCCUCCCCCUGCCUCUCUCUUUCUGCAGAACGGCACUUCCAGAGGCUGGGCCGGUUACUGCAGGCCUCCAUGUUCCUCGAUUUCAUGUGGCAAAACAUGAAGCUGCCUGACACCGCCAAGUGGGACGAGGAGAUGGACACAUGAUGAGCUUUGGGUGCCAGCAGCAUGCGGGGCAGAAGAGCUGGACACUCCUGCCAAGUUGGCACUGCUCUCACCGGUGGAAUAUGUUGAAUUGGUUUGUAAAAAACGCCCCACAAAUGUACGUUUUUCAUUUUGUAAAGGCAUAAAUCUCCCAAGAGUGUCUUCCUACAUACAUCCCUUUCCCAUCCCCUUUAAAAAUGAAAUAAAUUUAUUUAGCAUACUGAGUUUUCAGAAUGAAAUAAUACUCCAUUCUAGGCAGUGGCCCUGACCACCAGAGGCCAUAUCAGAAGACGGGAAAGCAAGUGGGGAUUGGCCAGAGGACAACAUUAUGGCUAUAAAAGAGGCAGCCCGACACUAGGUGGGGCGGUCUGGAGAUUAUGAGGAGUCUGUGAAGAGUUGAAGUUCAAUUAGCUUCACAAAGAGCCUUAAGCAAAGGUGAUAAACAGUGCUGUGGUGACUGUGCCCUUGGCUCUGUGUGAGGCAAACCGUGGGUCACAGUUGCCUUUCAGGCCAUGGGCAGCAAAAAAAGAGGAGGUGAAAGAAGGGUUGUCAACAGCCCGGCCCACCACAUAACACUUGCAGUGAAACAGAUCCUCCAUUUCAAGGUAUCCAGUGGCUUGGUGUUCAGUGUUGUUCUGAGCCCCCGAGGUGGGGGGUACAACAAUUACAGCACAAUAUUAAAGCAGUUUAAAGCAUCUUAAAAUCUCAGAAAUAAAGUGGGUCCUAAAAAUAUACGCCUCGUGAAUCAAAAGGGAUAUGAAAGGAUUGGCUAAUUUUUUUUAUUUAAAUGCACCCUAUUGCACCAAGUGCUUGAAACAUAACACAACCAAUUUAAAUACUUAAAAAUAAUCAUUUUAAAUAUUUUUAAAUACUUACAUAUUUAGAAAUGCAUCUAAAGAGAAUAACAUACCAAGUGAAUUAGAAAAAAAAUCAUACAGUACUUGUAUGAUAAAUGUAUUUACAGACUUAGUUCUGCAAUCUAUACAUAUUAACUCAAAAGGAAAGCCUACCACACCUUUCCCCAAUCUACUGCCGCCCAGAUGUUUUAAGAACACUAUAGGAGUCCUGUUGGAUCAGAGUUAUAUACCCAGCUCCAUCCCGUACAUGCUUAAAAGAUAACAUUAUAUUAAUGUGUAAUAUGAGCCCAUUAAAUUCAACUAGAGAUGAAAAAACCAUCUAGCACUCUGCUGCAAGUGCCUGCAGAUAAAAGAUGUUGAGAUUGCUCAAGCAAGCAAGUCUAAUUGCACACUACAGUGGAGAGGAAUUUCAGUCAUUGGUGGUUUGAGAAAACACAACUCCAUUCAAAUUAAUCCAUUGCCUUCUUAGCAUUAACAAUCACUGUAGGGGUCACCCUAAGGCAGUGAUGGAUUACUCCCAACUCCCAUUAACCCCAGACAGCAUGUCCAAUAAAUUCUGGGAGUUGUAAUCCAACAUCUGGGUGGCAACAGAUUUUCCAGUCCUAGUCCAAAGGCAAAGUAUGGGGAACCACACAUUUAAUGGGGUGGUACUUUCAGCCCUACUUAAUCAGUAGGGUUUUUUGUUUUGGAGGGGGGACUAUAACCCAUCAGCCCCAGAAAGUAUGGCUGAUGUGUGAGUUCUAAGCAUUCUAAGCAUCUGGAGCACCCUAGGUUGAGGAAGGCUCCUAUUCCAAGAACUAAAUGAGCCUGUUUAUCAGUCAGAGAGGCCUGCAAGAGUCGCUUCCAUUUUACCCACUCUCCAAGCAUUAAGGCUCCGAGUUCUAAAUGCACACAUGUAGUGCUGCAUGUGUUGCCUUGCUCAGUACUGGCACUACCCCCCCACUUGUGUUUUGAACCAGCUCCUGCUAUCCCCCCUUGUUUUGCACCCUCUAUGUUGCCGUUUCAAUGGCAGGCUUGAGAGGAUGCAGUGGGGCUGGCCCUGGCCAGAGCCCCUCGCAGGGCUCUUCUGGUGAUGGUGGUGCACCUCUGGAGGAUUUCAUGGGCCUGAGGGCGUGGGGGUAUCGUUGGAUGACCAGAAGCGGGUUCAGAAUCUGAGGAGCGAAGCAAAGUAUCAGACGAGCCCAACGGUUGCUCCUCAAAGCCAGAGUCGCUUCGAUGCUUGCUCUCCAGGGGCGGGGAGAGGCAGCCAUGACUCCUUGAGGAACAGAGGAGGAGGGUCUCUCCAGGGGUGCUGUUCCUCACCCUGUUCACCUCAGGAUUCUGGGGCCAGUCAUAUCCCUGUCCACUCACGUUUCCUGAGCUGUCAGACAGGCAGUCCACCCCACUUGCCAGCCCAGACGUGGCUACGGCCACAGACACACUCAGAGAGUGGGAUCUCAUUCUACUUGGGGGCGUGUUGUAUUCUUGCAUUUCCAUCGUCAUAUUGGUUGAAUGAACCUGGGCAGCACCCUCACAAGAGCCUCUCUGUUGGCUUGGGGAGCUCUUACUCAAGGGACUAGUAGCUUGAGAUAAGUUUGGCAUAGAGUAACACAGGCUGCUAUUGACGAGAGCCAAGAAUUUGCUGUGAGGGUUUCUGUAUGGCUGGAGGAACAUGGAAGGGACAUAGCCUGUUGUCCCGUUAUACCUGAAAGACCAAAAAUGCAGAAACGUCACUUUAAAAGCAAAAUAAGUUCCAGGAUGAC